AAAAAUGCGAAAUUUAAAUCGAAAUCAGAUUAUUAACGAAGAAACGUCUCUAGUUAUGGGACGUAAAUUCGUCCGUCCUCCAUUACACGUGGCGCCGUCUCUCCUUCUUCUUCUUCUCCGUCUCUGUGUUUUCUCGCAGGUUUGGACUUAAUUAAAAAAGGAUAUCCAAAAUGCUAUCUUCUCUUGUUGCAAAAAGGCAAUCUUCUGUUCCUCUCCAGAUUGCUACGAGACAACUUCGAAAGAUUAAGACAGAAAAGUCCAAGCUGGAAGAAAAGAAGAAAGACAAAGAAGAAGAUAUGGUUAAGCUAGAGAAAGAAAAUGGUCAAUCUAAUCUUGAAAUUUCUACUUUAAGGAGAGAACUGGAGGCAACCAAGAAAGCAUAUCAACAACAAUGCUUGCAAAUGGAAAGCCAGACAAACGUCGCUACUGCAGGUAUCGAGGACAGGGUGAAAGAGCUUGAACAAAUGAGAAAGGAUGCAAGCAUUGCAAAAAUUGCCCUUGAGGAAAGGGUUAAGGAGCUUGAAGAGCUGGGGAAAAAGGCAAAUGCUGCUAAAACGACCCUUGAGGAAAAACUUACACAAUGGUACUGAUUCACUAUUAUUUUCCAAUAAAUGUGAAUGUUUGUUCUAUAUAACGAAGAUUAAUUACAAAAA